GUCCGCCGAGCCAUGUCGUUGAGCCCCAAGCACACGACGCCCUUCUCCGUGUCCGACAUCCUGAGCCCCAUCGAGGAGACCUACAGGAAGUUCGGCGGCGCCAUGGACGGCGCGCCGCCCGGCCUGGGGGCGCCCCUGGGGGCCGCCGCCUACCGCGCGCAGCCGCCCGGGCCCCCCUCGCAGGCGGCGGCGGGCGUGCAGCCUGCGCACGCCAUGGCGGGACACAGCGCGGCGGCGGCGGCGGUGGCCGCCACCUACCACAUGCCGCCGGGCGUCUCGCAGUUCCCGCACGGCGCCGUGGGCGGCUACUGCAACGGCGGCCUGGGCAACGUGGGCGAGCUGCCCGCCUACACGGACGGCAUGCGGGGCGGCGCGGCCGCCGGCUGGUACGGCGCCAACCCGGACCCGCGCUACUCGUCAAUCUCCAGGUUCAUGGGGCCGUCGGCGGGCGUGAACGUAGCCGGCAUGGGGUCGCUGACGGGCAUCGCGGACGCCGCCAAGUCCCUGGCGCCGUUGCACGCGGCGGCGGCGGCGCCGCGCAGGAAGCGCCGCGUGCUCUUCUCGCAGGCGCAGGUCUACGAGCUGGAGCGGCGCUUCAAGCAGCAGAAGUACCUGUCGGCGCCCGAGCGCGAGCACCUGGCCAGCAUGAUCCACCUGACGCCGACGCAGGUCAAGAUCUGGUUCCAGAACCACCGCUACAAGAUGAAGCGGCAGGCCAAGGACAAGGCGGCGCAGCAGCUGCAGCAGGAGGCCGGCCUGGGCCCGCCGCCGCCGCCGUCCCCGCGCCGCGUGGCGGUGCCUGUGCUGGUCAAGGACGGCAAGCCGUGCCAGAACGGCGCGGGCACCCCGACGCCCGGCCAGGCCGGCGCGCAGCCGCCCGCCGCGACGCCCGCGCCCGAGCUCGAGGCGCUGUCGCCCAGCCCGCCCGCGCUGCACGGCCCGGCGGGCGGCCUGGCUGCCCUGGACGCCGCCGCGGGGGACUACGGCGGCGGCGUGCUGGGCGCCAACCUGCUCUAUGGCAGGACGUGGUGA